AUGUUUUUCUCAAGUUCCUCCUCAGAUUUCUCAAUUGAAGCUUCAGUAAUCGGGUCUAGUGAUCCUAUAGGCGAUGCCACUGGCGUAAUGGCAAUGUCCUCGCCAGUUUUAAGGAUGGAUGAAUCCGUUUUGAAAGUGGCAUUUUCUACCUCCGUGAAAACCUUAGUCGGAGCUCGAGAGGACUCCCACGGAUCCGAGGGUUCUUAUGUGAUUCAAACUCACCUGGCCGCCAUCAACCUGAAGCUGGAGUUCUCAGUAAACCAAAAAAUGGCAUCCUCAAUCACCAAAAACUUCCCAAAAUUCACUGCUGAAACUCUCAAGCUCGCCGCAAAACAAUCUCAACGCUGCCACAUCGUCCCUGUCCACCUCCGCCGCGCCAUCAAAAAGUACAUCCGAGAGCAAGAUGUUGAACAUAUGAGGAGAAAGGUGUUGAGUUUGUCGCAAUCAUUCAACGAAAUCAAGGAGGUGAAUUUACUUUUGCCGACCACGAGUUCGAAGGGGCUGGUAGAAGAUCCACUCAAAUCUAUGGAACAGUCUCAGAGGUGGAAAGUCAAAACUGCUUAUGGCGAUAUUGGCCUCAGGUAUCAGGAGGAUGAGACCAUUGCUUACUUGGCUGCGAGAAUGCCGGCUGUUUACUCUGCUCUCUAUCGUGUUCUUAGCGAGGUAAGGAGACGAGUGCCCGAUUUUACUCCAGCUAAAGUAUUGGAUUUCGGGGCAGGAACAGGAUCGGCAAUGUGGGCAAUGAUGGAGGUGUGGCCUCAGUCUUUAGAGACAAUUAAUUUGGUGGAGCCAUCACAGUCGAUGCAAAGAGCAGGACAAAGCCUUCUUAAAGGUCUAAAAAAUUUGCCACUCAUUCAAAGUUAUGGCAGCAUACAAUCGUUAUCUAAGCAUGCCAAUAAGUCUGGCAGACAACACGAUCUGGUCAUUGCUUCAUAUGUGCUUGGCGAGAUUCCAUCAUUAAAAGACAGAAUCACUCUUGUGCGCCAACUUUGGGAUCUUACAGGAGAUAUUUUGGUUCUGGUUGAACCUGGAACGCCACAAGGAUCAAAUAUCAUCUCUCAAAUGCGAUCACAUAUCUUAUGGAUGGAGAAGAGGGUCUUGUGGGGCGACACGAAUUCCGUAGGGCAUCGGGCCGGAGACGCAAGUCAUAAUCAAUUAUAG